AAAAACAUUUUUAAUUAACUUAUUGCUCGCCAAAAUAAGAACAGACAGAAAAAUCGCUCUUGCUGUGGCUUCAUCUGGAAUUGCAGCUACGCUUUUAGAAGGUGGUCGAACUGCGCAUAGCACUUUCAAGAUCCCGCUAAAAAUGUCCUACGAUGACACAUCAAGUGUCUGUAAUAUAUCCAAACAAAGCAACACUGCUCAAUUGAUGCGGGAUUGUGUAUUCAUUGUUUGGGACGAAGCAUCCAUGACCUACAAAAGCUCGGUUGAGGCAUUGGAUAGAACCUUGCGGGACUUACGUAAUAAAAAUACAUUAAUGGGUGGCUGUACAGUCUUAUUUUCUGGAGAUUUUCGUCAAAUCUUGCCAGUUGUAGUAAGAGGAACGAGAGCUGAUGAAGUCAAUGCAUCAUUAAAGAGAUCUUACAUUUGGCCAGACAUAACUAAAUUGAAACUGAAAACUAAUAUGAGAAUAUUAUCAUCUGACCAAGGAAAUAAAACUUUUGCUGAUGCUUUACUCCGUGUUGGUAAUGGUCUGUGCUGAGCUUUGUUUUUUGAUGUCUAAUUUGAUGGACCUAGUUGAA